GCGCGGUCCGGUUGUUAUAAGAAGAAGCUUGCUGCGGGUGACGCCGUUAGUCAUUACGAGUCCAACGUUUCCGGCAGGUGCAUCGCACGGGACGAGCAGUGAAAAUAGUUUUGCGUAGAGAGCGUAGUGGCAGUAGACCGGUAAUAGUGGAUUGGAAUCACCUCCAAAAGGACAGAUGGCAACCAGCAACUGGGAGAAGUUUGUGCUUCUCCUGUGGAAGAACUGGAUCCUCCAGAAGCGCCACUACAUACAGACGCUGUUCGAAAUACUGAUACCGGUGCUAUGCUGCUCCAUACUGCUGCUCGUCCGUGGACUAGUCGAUCCGGAGUAUAUCGAUCGCAACUCGGUGUUUAAACCGCUGGAAACCGAUCGGCUUACGCACCUGGCAAAGCUGGCGGCGGACAAGGAGUUCGAGUUUAAGAUAGCCUACUCGCCACAGAACGUAUUGCUCGAACAGAUCGUCCAGGAUGCGGUACGGUCGCUGAACGUGAACGAUCCCGAGGCACGGCUGUCCUAUGCCGGGUUUGCUGAUGCGCGAGAGAUGGAGAGUAUGCUGGUGGAGUCGACGUUUUUGGCAGGCGUAGAGUUUGACGAUGGCUGGGCCAAUUUGACGGCAGGAGACAGACUGCCGGAUAACGUUACGUUUGCCGUCCGAUUCCCGGCCGAGCUGCGGGACGAUGAGUUCCAGUUUUCGAACUGGGUAACAAACUUGCUCGUGGUACCGUUCUCACCGAGGCUGCGAAACCCGGAGCUGGACGACGGUGGUUCGCCAAGCUAUUACAGCGAAGGAUUCCUUGGAGUGCAGGGAGCAAUCUCGAGAGCGUUGCUAGCACAGCGCCUCCCUGGCGUCGAGAUGCCACCGGUACACGUGCAGAGAUAUCCGUACCCGCCGUACUACGAUGAUGCGAUCCUGGAAGCGUUGCAGCAGCUGCUGGCGCUCAUCAUCGUCAUAUCGUUCUUCUACACCUGCAUCAACACGGUCAAAUACAUCACGAUCGAGAAGGAGAAGCAGCUGAAGGAAGCGAUGAAGAUUAUGGGACUGUCGAACUGGCUGCACUGGUUGGCUUGGUUCGUGAAGUGUCUCAUCCUGCUGACGGUUUCGCUGUCACUCAUCACGAUUUUGCUCUGUGUCCCCUUCAGCACUGCGGCCAUCUUUGAAAACUCCGAGUGGACGCUGGUCUGGUUCUUCUUUUUCGUGUACAGCAUCACCACGAUCUGUUUCUGCUUCAUGAUCAGUGUGUUCUUUAGCAAAGCGAACACAGCGGCCGGUAUUGCGGGGCUGCUGUGGUUCGUCUCACAGCUUCCGUUCAACGUGAGCCAACAGAGCUACGACGAGAUAGGAACGGGUGCGAAGAUAGCCAUGUGUCUGCUGUCCAAUACGGGCAUGUCGUUUGCCAUGUUUCUGACCGUACGUCUUGAAGCGUCAGCGGCUGGUUUGCGGUGGUCCAAUCUCUUCGAACCUGCCACCAUUGACGAUGGGCUCAGCGUGGGUACGGUGAUCGUGAUGCUGCUAGUGGACGCCGUGCUCUAUCUCUUGAUCGCGCUCUACAUCGAGCAGAUAAUGCCGGGAGAGUUCGGUGUAGCACAGCCAUGGUAUUUCCCCUUCACGAAGGAGUUCUGGAUACGCAGUCGGACCGCCUCCCCACGGGACACACUGUUUAAUCGUGAGCAGCAGAGUGCCGCUACCGAGUCGCGAUAUAUCGAGCAGGAUCCAGCUGGGUACGCCGGAGUGGAAAUUAAACAACUGCGCAAGGUGUACAAAGGAAACAAGGCCGCCGUAGAUGGGUUGAAUCUACGAAUGUUCGAGAAUCAGAUAUCCGUCCUGCUGGGCCAUAACGGAGCGGGCAAAACGACGACCAUGUCCAUGCUGACGGGCGUGUUUUCUCCCACCUCCGGCACGGCUCUUAUCAACGGGCACGACAUUCGUACCGAUAUUGACGGGGUCCGUUCGUCGCUGGGACUCUGCCCACAGCAUAACGUGCUGUUCGAUGAGAUGACGGUCGAUGAGCAUCUGAAGUUCUUCUCCCGGCUGAAGGGUGUCCCGGCCGAGGCUGUCAGUGAUGAGAUUGACCGAUAUCUGAAGCUGCUCGAGCUGGUGGAUAAGCGCAACGCCCAGUCACAAACGCUGUCCGGUGGUAUGAAGCGCAAGCUUGCCGUCGGUAUGGCACUGUGCGGUGGUUCGAAGGUAGUGCUGCUCGAUGAGCCCACGUCCGGUAUGGAUCCGUCCGCUCGCCGUGCGCUGUGGAAUCUGCUGCAGAAGGAAAAGCAAAACCGGACGAUGCUUCUGUCCACGCACUUCAUGGACGAGGCGGAUGUGCUCGGCGAUCGGAUAGCGAUCAUGGCGGAAGGUAAGCUGAAAGCGGUUGGAUCGCCCUUCUUCCUGAAGAAAACGUUUGGCGUCGGGUAUCGGUUGAUCUGCGUGAAGGAUGCACGGUGCGAUAAGGAGCGGUUGUUGGGCAUACUGCGGAGAUACAUCCCGGACGUCAAGAUCGAUACGGACAUCGGUUCGGAGCUGUCGUUUGUGCUGAAGGAGGACUACAUCGAUGUGUUCCAGCGGCUGCUGGAGGACAUCGAGCAGCAGAUGACUAGCUGCGGCAUCACGAGCUACGGCAUCUCGCUUACCACGAUGGAGGAAGUGUUUUUGAAGGCUGGCAGUGAUAGUUUUGAUGAAACAGGAACCCACACUAACGGCGCCGUUGUGGAGACAGGCAGUACAGAAUAUGCAUUAGAUCGGCUGCACCUGCUGACCGGUAAGGAGCUCCUGCUCAAUCAAAUACAAGCACAGCUGCUGAAGAAGUAUCUCUCCACCAUACGAGCCUGGAUCCCGCUGGUCAUGAUGUUUGUGAUUCCCAUAUUCUUCGUCGGCAUGACGUUUAUCAUCACGAGAAGCAUUUCGGCGGGCAAGGAUCUUCCGGCGCUAGAGAUCACCAUGGAUUCGUACGAGAAGGCCAUCACUGUGCUGGAGAGUACGAACGGAGAUCCACAGCGAGUUGAAGCCUUCCAAAACAUGUUUGCGGCACGCGAACUAAUCACCAUCACCGAGGACAUGACGGAGUACGUUGUGCGUAAGUCCAUAGAAGACAUUGCCACGGUCAAUACGCGCUACUUUGUGGGUGCGACGAUCGCGGCCGGUUCAUCGUACGUGGGGUGGUUCAACAACAAGGCCUACCACACGGCACCGCUAGCCCUGAAUCUAAUCUACAACGCCAUCCUGCAGGCCCAGUGCACCGAGUGCCGGUUGCAUGUGGUGAACAAACCGCUUCCGUACCGGUUGGACACGCAGCUGAAGAAGCUCAACACGGGCCUGAACGCCGGCUUCCAGCUAGCGUUCAACACGGGCUUCGCGAUGGCAUUCGUGUCCGCACUGUACAUCAUGUUCUACAUCAAGGAGCACACGUCACGUGCGAAGCUGCUUCAGUUCGUUAGCGGCACCAACGUGACCCUGUUCUGGCUGCUCGCAUUCAUCUGGGACUACACGCUGUUCGUGCUGAACAGUCUCGUUUACAUCGCCACGGUUGCCAUCUUCCAGGAGGAAGGAUGGUCCACGUUCGAAGAGUUGGGACGAGCGUUUCUGCUGCUGCUGUUCUUCGGAUUCGCUACCAUCCCGGUAACGUACAUGUUCUCCUUCCUGUUCAGCGUGUCGGCCACCGGGUUCGUACGCAUGAUGUUCUUGAACGUGCUGUCGGGGGCGAUAUUUUUCACCGCCGUCAACAUCCUCAAGUUUGACGGCAUCGAUCUGAACGAUGUGGCCGACGGUCUCGAGUGGGUGUUUAUGUUCUUCCCGAACUUUGUGCUCAGCCAUGGGCUGAACAAUCUGAAUGCCGCCUCCAGCACCGAGAGCUUCUGUAGGAGGGCAUGCGAUCUGCUCGGUCCGCAAUGUGUCGUUAACGAUUUAUGCUUGGUCGAGGCCCGUUGCUGCGAUCUGGAAGUGUUCUCCUUCGGUAAGGUUGGCAUCGUGCGCAAUCUACUGUUUUGUUUGCUGAUCGGGUGCGUCUGCUUCUCGCUGCUGUUUAUGCUGGAGUACGGUGUGCUGCAACGCUUGUUCCGCCGCAAGCCCAAAGUCACCCCGUCGGGCGCGCUCGGUCCCGUGAACGCGGAGCAGGACUCGGACGUGCUGGAUGAGAAGCGCCGCAUUCAGAAUCUCAACCGAAAGGACAUCGAUGCGCAUAACUUGGUGUUGCGCGAUGUGACGAAGUACUACGGGAACUUCCAAGCCGUAAACAACCUAUCGAUCGGCAUCAACCAUUCCGAGUGCUUCGGACUGCUCGGCAUCAACGGGGCCGGUAAGACGACCACCUUCAAGAUGAUGACCGGCGACGAGGAAAUAUCGUCCGGCGAUGCCUGGGUUAAGGGUAUCAGCCUGCGUGGAGAUAUGAACCGGGCACAUCGUCAGAUUGGCUACUGUCCGCAGUUUGACGCGCUGCUCGAGGAUCUGACGGGCCGGGAAACGUUGCGCAUCUUCGCCCUGCUGCGUGGAGUACGCAGCCAGGAGGUGAAAAAUGUGUCCUACAUCCUGUCGGAAGAGUUGAACUUUGCCAAGCAUCUGGACAAGCGCACGAAAGCGUACAGUGGAGGUAAUAAGCGAAAGCUCAGCACGGCACUGGCGCUGCUUGGCAAUCCGUCCGUGGUGUAUCUGGACGAACCGACCACGGGCAUGGAUCCGGGUGCGAAGCGACAGUUCUGGGAUGUCAUUUGCAAGGUGCGCAGCACGGGCAAGUCGAUCGUGCUGACAUCGCACAGCAUGGAGGAGUGUGAGGCCCUGUGCACCCGGCUGGCAAUCAUGGUGAACGGAGAGUUCAAGUGUCUCGGCUCGACGCAACAUCUGAAGAACAAAUUCUCGAAAGGGUUCCUGCUCACGGUGAAGGUGGCUCGUGGAACUUCGGACGCGCAGCAAAAGCGUGUCGCCGGUGUGAAGGACUUUGUAAUGAGUCGCUUCACGGGAGCCAUGUUAAAGGAAGAGUACGAAGACUCGCUCACGUUCCACAUACCGGUGACCGAUCUGAAAUGGUCGCAGAUGUUCGGUCUGAUGGAAAGCUCGAAAGAGGCGUUGGAGAUCGAGGACUACGCCCUUGGGCAGACAUCGCUCGAGCAGGUGUUCCUGUUUUUCACCAAAUAUCAGCGAGUCACCGAGUGAACAUGAGGCUCGGGCUGUGGGUUCAUCCCUCUCGGAUUGAGAUGAACAUCGACAGACAAAGCAAAGGAAUUUGAUUCAGGGGUAUGAAGUGAUAAGAGGCUUUUUGAAAUGGGUUAAUUUAUUUUUAACGAGUUUAACGGGUUUAGCUCAUUUUGUAAAGGUUAAGUCAUGCAUAAGCGUUGUAAAUAGUAAGUAAUAAAGGAAAAUGAUACGAACAAUCCUUCCAGAUGAA